UCUCACUGAGUGAACAUAGUUUACACCGCUGUAAACGCCGCUUCUUUUUCAGCGUAUCUCUCUUUAAAAGUUGCUAAAACCGUAUACCUUAUAUUUGCACCCCCUUUUCUGAGCGACCUCCGCCGGUUUUGAGUCGUGUUUGGGUCAUCGGCUUCGAGUCGCUUCCGUGUUGCCGGCAGGCGUGCGGUGACAACGGGAGGAUGAACAACCAUAAAUGUAACACUUUGAAUCAUAGAACCAGGGGACGGGCGAGGAUUAUUCAGUGUAUCUAUGUGGUUGGCUUCAUGGACUUGUUUGGGGUGAGCAUGAUCAUCCCGCUGCUGAGUCAUCACGUCAAAUCUUUGGGAGCCAGUCCUACCGUUGCUGGUAUUGUAGGAUCCACAUAUGGCGUCUUGCAGCUGUUCUCAAGCACAGUCGUAGGCAGCUGGAGUGACGUGGUGGGUCGUCGUCAGUCUCUGUUGACGUGCUUGCUGCUCAGCGCUCUGGGCUACAGUCUCCUGGGAACCUCCACCAGCAUCGCUUUGUUCGUGCUCUCGCGGAUCCCUGUAGGGUUGUUCAAGCACUCGCUGUCCAUCUGCAGAGCUCUGCUCUCCGACCUGGCGUCCGAGGCGGAGCGCCCCCUGGUGAUGGGACACUUCAACGCUGCCUCCAGCGUGGGCUUCAUUCUGGGCCCCAUGGUGGGCGGCUACCUCACGGAGCACGAGGGCGGCUUCUACACCUCGGCCUUCGUUUGCGCCGCCAUCUUCCUCGUCAAUGCAGGUCUCGUAUGGAUGCUUCCAUGGAGGGACAUCCUUCUUCACUGUAAUGGAACUAGCAAGUUUGUAAGCAAUGGGUCCUCUGCAAAUAGCCACGCCCCCGCACACACAGACCCCACCCUAGAAGUGCAAAGGAAACUGGCUGGGGAUGGCCGGUGGUGGCAGGAGGCGUCCUCGCUGCAGCCCGCCUGGAGACAGCUGGCCUCCGUGGGGUCCCGGAUUCGCAUGGUGGCCUCAUCCGACAUGUGGGACCUCUUCCUGGUGCGCCUGCUGAUGGCCGUCGCCAUCAUGCUCUACUACAGCAACUUCUCCCUUGCAAUGGAGGAGCGCUUCUCUCUCAAGCCCAAGACCACGGGCUACCUCAUCAGCUACAGCAGCACGCUGGGGGCACUGGCAGGCUUCCUGGUGGGGCCCGUCACCAAGCUGUACGGUAACAACAUGGCCGCCCUGCUGCUUCACUCCACGCUCCUCACCUGCCUCCUCAUCUUCCUGUACGCCGCCGCCCCCAGCGUGUGGCAGGUGCUGCUCACCUCCACCUUCUUUGCCAUCUCCACCACCAUCGGGCGCACCAGCAUCACAGACCUGGAGCUGCAGAGGGGAGGGGUGCGGGCCAGCGGGACCCUGAUCGGAGCAGGACAGUCGGUGACCGCCGUGGGUCGCGUGCUCGCUCCUCUUCUCUCGGGCGUCACCCAGGAGUUCAGCCCCUGCGGCCCCCCCAGCUUAGGGGUGCUGCUGGCUCUGGCGGCGGUAGGCGUGCUCCUCGUUAGGAUCCCCAAAUGGAACAAGAAGUCAACUAAACUGGCGUGAAAAGUCAAUGGACACUGCGCCGAACUCUUCCUGCUGUGGACUUGCAUUUUAUUAUUUAAAACUUUUGUAUCAUUCUUAUUGUGUUUUUUAAAAGGUGUCUUCUAAGCACCCCUAAUGGCUCAGGAUGACAUCACUGAAUCUGCAACACAAUC